AACGACACAGUUUGAUUCUUCUCUCAAACUCUCACGCUUUCUUUCUUUCUUCGAUCCUAAAGGCGGAGGGAGAUAAGUGAUUGAAAUCGGGAGACGGGUGAAGAUGAAGAUUGAUCUGAACAAGGUGGCUCGUAAGAUCGAGGUGGAUAACCGUAUCCCUCUCCGUAACUACUACCGCAUCGCCGAUAACCUUCUCCGUCAGGCCAGCAUAUACCGGGAAGAGAAGAAUGUUGUUGAUUUGUAUAUCAUGCUUCUUAGAUAUUCAAGUUUGAUUUCUGAAACCGUUCCUUUCCAUCAAGAUUACCAGGCAUCGCUUCCACAAGCAAGACUUGGGAGUAGGAAGAAGUUGCGUGCUGUAAUCAAUGAGCUCGAGUCUUUGAAACCGGAAUUUGACCGGCGAGUUGAUGAGCUGAACCGAGAAGAUGAUGAAUCUUAUCGGGUUGGGAGUGAUUUCCCUGUCGUAUCAUAUAGUUCAGAUGCUGUUGAAUGGCCUCCUGUUCACAGAGAUCCAUACUCAAGACCUGAUAUUAAGAAGACAUCUCAACCAUCCGCCACGUAUAACAAUAAUCUGACCUUAUCUUCAUAUCGUACACCAAUUGAUCAGCAAUUCCAGAAGUUAUCUUUUGAUUUUCUUCCUGCAAACCAAGCAACCUUGUCUAGACAUUCAUUUCUAGGUCCAAACGGUCUUAAAAGUCAGUGGGUUGCACCCAAGUCGGAGAUAAAGGUUCAAUAUCCGAGUAAUACCGAAUGGGGUUCUGCUGAAAAUUCAGCUUUGAUUGACGCUGGACCUAGCAGUUCCUCAACAUCACUAAAUGGUGAUUCUCAAGGGGUCUCAACGUUGAACUCUGUACUGUCCUUAGAUGAUGGUCGAUGGCAGCGUCAUUCUGAGGCGGUUACUUCCCAGUUUGUCAGUGACGUAACUGAAGACCCGUUUCAGUUUGUGGGUAUGAAGCAACCUACCCCUCCUCCUGUGCUUGCCCAAGUGCAUCAAGAGUUUGCCCAAAUCUGCCCAUCUAAAGUAGCUGAUCCUAGACCAGGACCUGCACUUCCUUCCUUAGAAGAAAAAGAAGGCAGCAAUGCUUAUCAGCAUUUGCAUGUGCCUGUGCGGAUAAUGGAAGAUUUCUUAAGGCUAGCUCGGUCAAACACAGAAAGGAAUCUAGAAACUUGUGGAGUGCUUGCUGGCUCUCUGAAAAACAGGGUUUUUCAUAUCACAACUCUCAUAAUCCCAAAGCAGGAGUCUACCUCAGAUUCUUGCCAAACACUAAACGAAGAAGAAAUAUUUAGUUCAGGACAGACUCUCUCUAUUUCCCUUGGGUUGGAUUCAUACACACCCUACACAAACUUGCUUCAUGUCAUCAGUUGAUCUUCAUACGCACUACUCGUAUCAGAUAAUGCUACCCGAAGCAGUAGCAAUCGUGAUGGCUCCGACAGACGAAACAACACCUCACGGUAUAUUCCAUCUCUCGGACCCAUCGGGUGUAUCCGUGAUCCGAAACUGCCAGCAACGAGGCUUCCACCCGCACGAAG